GAACAGAUGUCAAACUCUUCUGUACGCUUGCCACAGCCUCCAACUCCUUCUACCAGUCCAACAGCUGCUUGCUUGUCGCCGUCUAGAGAAAACAUACCCUUGUUCACAUUACCAAAACCAGAAGCAAAAGGUAAAAUGCGUUACCAUCAGCUUCCGCAGGUGCGAAUGUUUGUUGUGGGCAAUGCAACAAAUGAAUUUAUUCACACUUUUAUUGGUGAUUUUAUUAACUUACAUAAUGAUACAGGAGCACGCUGUUUUCAAAUUUCUGUGAAAAAAUGUGCAGAUGGAUCUGUAUCUGUUGGCAAUUCAGAGUCUUUCAGUUACCUUUUUGAGAACUCUUCAGAAUCGUGCAUUAAUGUUGAACUUAUAUCAGUCGCUGAUGAUUCAUUUUUUCACCACUGUUGCUCAUGGAUGUUCACGCCAAAUUCAGUAUUUAUUUUGACCUUUGACACCAAGCGUUUGUCACUUUCGUCUGAGGUGGAAAUGUCACGACUGUGCAGUUUAGCCAGCACAGCUCGAACAGGCACUUCUGGAGGGAACUCAUAUCUUCAGCUUUAUGGGGUCAUAACUUCAGAUGACAGUGUUAACCCAGAGGAGGUUCAGACUUUGUUUUAUACAUCUCUCGGUAAUUCUCUACCAGAGCCUCAAAUAAUUCCUUCAGCAAAAGGAGAAUUGCAUGAAGAAAUCAAGCAGUGUCGGCUAGACAUCUUCUCCCUGCUCGGGAACAUUUGUGAUGGACAGCAAGUGACUUACCCUACUGCUGUUGUCUUAGAUAUGCUUGUGUCCCAUCGGAGAUUGACCGCAACUGUCAGUGACUUAGCCAGAACUCUGGAGAAUUGGAACCCAGACCUCCAGCAGGUUGGGCCUGAGGCAUUGUACCGAGUUAUUGAGGAUCUUAGGAACACUGGAAAUCUUCUUGUUAUAGGCUCAAUCAAUGCCACCUGCACCUCAGAGAAUGUCAAGGAGUUUGUGUUGCCAUGUGUGCUGUUUGAUCACCUGUCCCACCUGGCAGAGUUUUCUGAAAAAGACAGGGUCUCCAUGAGGCAGCAUGACACCUGGAUUGACCUCUAUGAUUGUGGGAUUGUAACCAGAACUGAGCUCUUGGAUGUUCUCAGUGUAUGCACAUCCCACCCAGAGCUGCUGCUUCGCUGCAUGGAGGACUUGAGUAUGAUCUUCCCUGUCAAGGCCCACAGUGUGGAUUCGGGAUUUGGGGACAGCAGCAACAUCCUGUUUGCCUACUUCCUGAAAGAUGUCCCUUUCACCAACGGCCCAGGAGAAAGCUAUGAGCUGUUUAUGACAGUUGAGUUUUCUGAUGAUGUCCCAGUAUCCUCCUUUUUUGCCUUUCUGUCGGAGCUAAGUCAGAGCCAUCAUUGUCGUUCAUUUAAAAUGAGGGCACAGUUUGUUGCCCACAUGGUGCUGCAGGAAGAGGAUGUUUGUUUUUAUUUCCUGAAGACAAGUCGACAGAUGCAGAUUUUCAGAAACAGAAACAACCGACCAGGACAGAGUACUGGCAAAGAGACACUUCCUCAGCAGAUCCAGUACGUGCUCAGUCAGCAAAUUCGCAGCAGUGUGAGGCUGACGGUUAGACUCGAACCAGAUGAGAAAACUGUCAGUAUGGCUGAUGGGUUCACAGCUGCAGCUCCUGGGAUGGAAUCUGUGGAGCAGCAUAUCGACGCUGAUGAUCAGGGUCUGGAGGCUGUCAGACAGGAAGAGCAAAUGAUAAUACAUGGUCAGGAUGUCCCACCAGUAGGAGCUAUGGCACAGAACAGUGAACCAGCUGCCAGUGCUGUUGGCAUUGAGCCGACUGAGGAAGAGAGGAGACAGAACAGAGUUCUGGAUACCAACAUGCAGAAUCUGAGAUAUAUCCAUCGGCCUCUGCAAGAUAUAUACCGUUACCUGAGUGUGCCUGAAGUCCUUCAGAUGUUGGCUGGUGAAUGCGGCUUGAACCUUGACGAAUUUAGUGUUUACUUAUCUAUAGUUCAGAUUAACCCAACGAGACUACCAGCCCAGGUGUUUCUAGAACUGUAUUUCCGAGAAAAUAAUGUGACUCUGCGAAGAUUCAUCCAGAUACUGAUGCGACUGGAGGAGCAGGAACACACGUGUCUGGGAGAAAUGGUUCAGAGCUUGUUGGCUGCUGCACUGGAGGGGAAUAGCUAG